AAAUAUUGUCAAAACAACCAACAAGCUUCAGUAAUAAUUGAACUGAACAAGUGAAAACAAUUUUUUAAAAAUUUGACAAAAAAAAAUUAAUAAUGAUGAACUAUCAUCAUUUCCUCAAGCUCCUUAUCAUCGCCACCCUCGUCAUUGCAACUAUAGCUACAAACGAGGAUAAAGACUACGAUGCAGGAUUCGUUGAACAUCACGAAGAACUCCCAAAACCACAACCACAUGUAUUCCAUCCCAAGCAACAUCAAGAAGAACAUCCAAUAAUCCCAGAACAAAGUGGAUUCCAUCCAUUCAGGUCAUUCUCAGUAACUGAAGCUUCCUUCUACAUCCCAGUAGCUGUUGUCAGCGGUGUUUUAUUGAAUGUCAUCAUCAUUGCAGCUCUUGUUGUUUUAAAACGCAGACGUGUUAGUUCUUACAGGAAGUUACAAUUGAAUAGAGCUACGCCAGUAUUUAGGGAACUUCAAACUGAAGCUAUAUAAGUUUGAGAUCAAAAUUUGUAAGUGUGAGUCAGAGAAAAACUUCACUAAGAUGGAUCUUUAAGUAAAACUAAAGGAAUGAAAUGUUUUUUCGUGGGAGAUUUUAUGUAAAAAGUAAUAAAAUUUAUAAAUUUAAAUAAUC